AUUCUCCCGACUGUGCACUGCUUUCCAAAAAGGUCCCAAAGUGGUGUAGUUUGGUGGCGCCAAGGCCCCUGCAAACACUGAAAAUGGAAGGCUGUGUUAAUGAGACCAACUUUGUCAUUUUGGAGGAGGGGGUCAUUGCCAUGGACGUCAUUGGCCAGAAGAUCAAUGAGAAAAAGCUCACAGGUAACACAGAUGCCUUCUACGUUGCCGACUUGGGUGAAGUCAUAAAGAAACACCAUCAGUGGAAGAUGGCAUUGCCUCGAGUGAAACCUUUCUACGCUGUGAAAUGCAAUGAUAGCAAACCAAUAGUUUGGACCCUUGCUCAAUUAGGGAUCAGCUUUGACUGUGCCAGUAAGAAUGAGAUUGCGAUGGUACAAGAUAUUGGGGUUCCCCCAGAGAGAAUCAUUUAUGCACACCCCUGCAAGGAGAGCUCUCAUAUUAAAUUUGCUGCCACCAAUGGGAUUCAGAUGAUGACAUUCGAUAACAAAGAUGAACUUUUCAAAAUUGCACGGAUCCAUCCCACUGCUAGAAUGGUUCUUCGCAUUGUUACAAAUGAUGCCAAGUCCUUCUUACCCUUAAGUAUGAAGUUUGGAGCAACUUUAAAAGAGUGCAGACAGCUGAUGGAAUGUGCAAAGGCUUUGUGCGUGGACAUCAUUGGUGUAAGCUUUCAUGUUGGAAGUGGCUGUACUGAACCACAGGCAUUUGUUGAGGCCAUAGCAGAUUCACGCAUAGUUUUUGAUAUCGGGAUGAGCCUUGGAUUUCAUAUGAACUUGCUCGAUAUUGGUGGUGGUUUUCCUGGUUCUGAGGAGGAGAAGAUUACAUUUCAGGAGAUUGCAGCAGUGAUCAAUCGUGCAUUGGAGCUUCACUUUCCUGAAGCAAGUGGAGUGAAUAUAAUUGCUGAACCUGGCCGUUACUACGUGGCAUCUUCGCUUACAAUUGCUGCGAAUAUCAUUGGAAGAAAAAUUACUAUAGAUUCAACUAACUCCAAUGACGAUGAGACUGAGACUAAGAAAACCAUAAUGUACUAUGUCAAUGAUGGUCGAUAUGGGUCUUUAAAAGCUGAACAACCUCCAAUAAAACCAAUAGCAUUUAAGAAAGUCAGCCCUGACCAACAACUAUUUGACACAAAACUUUGGGGACCAACUUGUGAUUCCUUUGAUUAUGUCAUUGAUCACUGCAAGCUGCCUGAGCUGGAAAUUGGAGACUGGCUGCUCUUUCAAAACAGAGGAGCGUACACGAUCACACUCGCAAGCAAGUUCAAUGGUUUUCAAGGCCCCAUUGCAAACUUUGUAAUGACCAGAGAAGGCUGGGAAACUCUCCAGAAGAUAAAGCAGGAAAAUCAACUUCCAACAGAAGAGCAGGUCCAAGGAGAGAUUUAAUUGCUAAGAGAAGCUGAGCAUAAAUUCAUCAAUCACCACCAACAUGGUGAACUAUUCUGAAUUCUCAAGUUAAUUUUAAACUGCUCUGUCACAUUUCUAUUAUGUUAGAAAUUAAUAAGCUUUUAGUGUUUAGUUUACCGUAAGUUGUUCAUUAAAUUUCCAAUACAAUGACAACUUUUCAAAUUCCCCUAGGCUUUAUUUCUCAGGUGAGGGCAAAAUAAGCGGAAUUCUAAAAGCAUAAUAUUUUACCACUUGAAACGGUCAUUAUUCAUUCUCAAUGCAUCAAGGAAUCAAAUCAAUGCAGUAGUAUGUAAUAAAAACUAAAUGGUGUAAAUAAUUAAGUUAGACAUUACGUACAGUAUGCGCAGAGCAAGAACGGCAAUAGUGUCACAUGGUUAAACAUUUUUACUGAGUCACGUUAGUAAUAGCUGUGUAACUGAGUGGGAGCUAAGAACCAAUCCCACCAAGACAAGAAGAUGCACCAUCUCCAGUGCAGCUGUGUAACACCGUGUUCGGCAGUCCUAAUUCACUUACCAAGAUGAUGGUGUGAUGGCUCACCCCAUAACCAGCUCAAAUUUCACGGACUGGUUGUGAGUGUAACCAAGUAGGGAGGUUGGUUACCAAGUAAACAAUAUCAUGAGCUGUGAAAAUAGUGCCCCCUUCUUUGCUUUGGGCGUCUACAUGUGCAGAUGGUUGAAUUCUGCUGUUUGCUUAGUGAAGCAUAAGAGCAUUAGAAAUGGGAGCAGAACUCAGCCAUUCGACCCAUCAAGUCUGCUCUGCAGUUUGAACAUGGUUUGUUUAUUAUCCCUCUCAACCCCAUUCUCCUGCCAUCUCCCCGUAGCCUUUGUCAUCCUGACUUACCAAGAGCCUAUCAACCUCUGCUUUAAAUAUACUCAAAGACUUGGCCUCCAUAGCCUUCUGAGACAAUGAAUUCCAUAGAUUCUCCACCCUUUAGCUAAAGAAAUUUCUUCUCAUCACUCUUCUAAAUGGAUGUCUCCCUGAAGCUGUGUCCUCUUUUCCCAGCCUCACCCACAAAAAGAAACAUCCUUUCCACAUCCACCAUGUCUAAGCCUUUCAAAUUUCAAUAGGUUUCACUGAGAUCCCACACCCACCUCCCAAUCUUCUAAACUCCAUCAAGUACGGGCCUAGAGCCAUCAAAUGCUCCUCACAUGUUAACCCUUUUACUCCCAAAAUCAUUCUCUUGAACUUCCUCUGGACCCUCUCCAAUGCCAGCACAGCUUUUCUUAGAUAAGGAGCCCAAAACUGCUGAGAAUACUUUGUGUGGUCUGUCCAAUGCCUUAUAAGCCUCAACACUACAUCCUUGCUCUUAUAUUCUAGUUCACUCAAAAUGAAUGCUAACAUUGCAUUUGUUUUCCUUACCACUGACUCAACCUGCAAGUUAACCUUUAGGGAAUUCUGCACAAGGACCAAGUCCCUUUGCACUUCUGAUUUUUCAAAUUUCUGCCUGUUUAGAAAGCUGUUCCUUCUACAAAAGGGCAGGAUCAUAAACUUCCCUGUACUGUAUUUCCAUCUGUCACUUCUUUGUCCAUUCUCCCAAUCAGUCCAAGUCCUUCUGCAGACUCCCUGCUUCCUCAACACUACUGCCCCUGCACCAAUCUUUGUAUCACCCGCAAACUUAGCCACAAAACCAUCAAUAUGUAAUCCAAAUCACUGAUAAAUAAUGUGAAAGAUGGUCCCAAUACCUACCCCUGUGGAACACUACUAGUCACCGGCAGCUAACCAGAAUAGGCCCCCUUUAUUCCUACUCAUUUCCUCCUGCCAGUGAGCAAAUUUUUGAUCCGUGACAGUACAUUUCCUGUAAUACCAUGGGCUCUUGUCUUGUUAAGCAGUCUCACGUGUGGCAUCUUGUCAAAGGGCUUAUGAAAAUCCAAGAAAACAACUUUUGUCUAUCCUGCCAGUUAUUUCCUCAAAGAAUUCCAACAUAAUUGUUAGGCAAGACUUCCCCUUAAGAAAAGCAUAAGGAUAUUGGCCUACUUUAUCGUGCAUCUCCAAGUAUAUGAAACAUCAUUCUUAAUAAUAGACUUUGUAUCUUUCCAACCACUGAGGUCAGGCGAACUGACCUAUAGUUUCCUUUCUCUGCCUCUCUCCUUUCUUGAAGACUGGAGUAACAUUUGUAGUUUUUCAGUUCUCUGUAAGCAUUCCAGAAUCUAGUGAUUCUUGAAAGAUCAUAACUAAUGCCUCCACAAUCUCUUCAACUACUUCUUUCAGAAUCCUGGGGAAUAGUCUUGUCUGGUCCAGGUGACUUAGCUACCUUCAAACCUUUCAACUUCCCAAGCAUCUCCUCCUUAGUAAUAGCAACUGCACUCACUUCUACCCCUUGACAAUCUCAAAUUUCUGGCAUACUGAUAGUGCCUUCCAAAGUGAAGGCUGAUGCAAAAUAGUCAUAGUCAUAGUCAUACUUUUUUGAUCCUGGGGGAAAUUGGUUUUCGUCACAGUUGCACCAUAAAUAAUAAAUAGUAAUAGAACCAUAAUAGUUAAAUAGUAAUAUGUAAAUUAUGCCAGUAAAUUAUGAAAUAAGUCCAGGACCAGCCUAUUGGCUCAGGGUGUCUGAGCCUCCAAGGGAGGAGUUGUAAAGUUUGAUGGCCACAGGCAGGAAUGACUUCCUAUGACGCUCCGUGUUGCAUCUCGGUGGAAUGAGUCUCUGGCUGAAUGUACUCCUGUGCCCAACCAGUACAUUAUGUAGUGGAUGGGAGACAUUGACCAAGAUGGCAUGCAACUUAGACAGCAUCCUCUUUUCAGACACCACCGUGAGAGAGUCCAGUUCCAUCCCCACAACAUCACUGGCCUUAAUAAGUUUGCCCACCAUUUCUUUGUUCCUCAUUACUACCUCUCCAGCACCAUUUUCCAGUCAUCUAAUAUCUAUUUCACUCUUAAUAUGUAUGAAAAAGCUUUUGGUACCCACUUUGAUAUUAUCAGCUAGCUUUUGCUUCCCUUGUCAGCCACGGUUGCCUCAUCCUCCCUUUAGGAUACUUCUUUACCUUUGGGAUGCAUCUAUCCUGCACCUUCCAGACUGCUCCCAAAAAUUCCAGCCAGUGCUGUUCUGCCUUCAACCCCUCCCAAUCAACUUUGGUCAGCUCCUCUCUUGUGCCUCUGCAAUUCUAUUUGCCCUACUGUAGUAAUGAUACAUCUGACUUUAUCUUCUCCCUCUUAAACAACAGGGUAAAUUUUAUCAUAUCAGGAUCUCUCACAGCUCAGGCUUCCUUUACCUUAAGCUCCCUAUUGCACAACACCUAAUCCAGUAUUGCCUUUCCACAUGGGCUCAACCACAAGCUGCUCAAAAAGCCAUCUCACAGGCAUUGUACAAAUUCCCUCUCUUUCCCAAUCCACCUGCAUAUUGAAAUCUCCCGUGACUGUCAUAACAUUGCCCUUACUGCAUGCCUUUUCUACCUCCCAUUGAAAUUUAUAUCCCAUAUCCUGGCUACUGUUUGGAGGCCUGUAUACCACUCCAUCAGGGUCUUUUUACCCAUUUCAUCUCUUAACUCUACCCACAAGGAUUCUACAUCUUACAAUCCUGUCACCUCUUUCUAAGGAUUUGAUUUCAUUUUUUAAUCAACAGAGCCACCCUACUCCCUCCGUCACCCUGCCUGUCCUUUCCAUACAAGGUGUAUCCUUGGAUGUUAAACUCCCAACUAUGAUCUUCUUUCAGCUGCAACUCAGUGAUGCCCACAACUUCAUACCUGCCAGUCCCUAACUGGGCUGCAAGAUCCAUAUACUGUAUGCUUUCAAAUAAUAACACCUUCAGUCCUGCGUUCAUUGCCAUUUUCAAUUUUGCCUCCAUGUUACAUUUUACCUCAUCCACUGACUACAAUUCUGCCCUAUCAUCUGCUAUUCCUUUCUCACACUCUCACUGCACACUGCGUCAGAUUGUAAACCAACUGCCCUCUCCUCAGCUCUAUCACUCUGGUUUCCAUUUCCCCACCAGUUAGUUUAAACCCUCCCCAACACCUUUAGCAAACCCUGCACUGACUGUUUACUCCUCUUACUUCUCCUGGUGGUCACCCCUCUACUAUUUGAAGUCUGCAGUCUGUGUGUGACAACUAUAGUAAAAGUCUCAUCUGUGAAGUUUUCAACAUCCUGGAAGGUCCUGAGUACACCCAGCUCCAGUUCCUUGGCCCUGUCAGUCAGGAGAUGAAGGUGAAUGAUCCCUCAUUUCAGAGUAGGAUCACUCUACUGCCUGAACUAUCAUCCUGUCUACACCUGUAAUACCUCAAACUUAAGUUCUAGACUAGAACUAUGGAGCCAAAGCCUGACCACUCCAACAAUGGCCGCUCCACUUAAGCCUCGCUUCUUUUUAUUGGCCCUGGACAAGUUACUGUUAACCCAAGAAAAAUCCUACUCCGCAGACAAGUCCAAACGGAGCCCCGCUCGCUUUUUAAAAGGGCACGAAAAGUCCAGCUCACUCCGCGACCUCCCACAUUUAGGGAGCCCAUUGAGCAACUGCGCGAUCAAUCGGCCGCAUGGGUAUUCAAAAGUCCGUGCAAAAAGAGCGCGCUUCCCACAUAUAGGAGGCCCAGUCAAUUAACUGCAUGAUCGAACUCACCACAUUCAACACAGACUAGAAGGGCCGAGAUGGCCUGUUUCUGUGCUGUAAUUGUUAUAUGGUUAUAUUUGCGCAAUCAAUUUAAUAUUGUACUGAAAAGAUUCAAUAAUUUACUCCACAACUUUGUAAUUAUCAAUGGUUUUUAAGAUAUUUUAGAAUUCAGAAACAGGUUGAAAUUUUCAAGUCUGACCUUCUCUGAUCUAGUGUGUUUUGAAUCUGUAGAUUAGAUGUAUACAAAUAAACUAAGAUUAUUACUAACUAACCUGCUAGUACAUCUUUUGCGAUCACAGCUGCCAGUGCUUCUGUCUUUGUAAAGUGUCGGAUUACCACUGUUUUUGGAAUCUUUAUGUGAUGCAGGAUCUAUCCUUAAAAAGAACAGUUCUCCUGCUCAAAGGAAGUCGAUCAGGGGCAAUUUCUAUAGUUCAGCACCAAUCUCUCAAAUAACAGUAAGUUUGGAGUACAGGAAGGAGGCAGAGAUCUUAGUAACAUGGUGCUAAAAUACCCCUCCCUUAAAGUAAGGUAAACAAAAAGAGCUGGCAAUUGAUCUUAGGAAAGGUGCUUCUUUCCACAUGCUCCUGUCUACGUCAAUGGUGUUGAGGUUGAGAGCUUCAGGUUUCUAGGAGUGAACAUCAAUAGCCCUUCCUAGUCCCACCACGUAAGACAUCACAGCCGAGAAAGCUCACCAAUCGCUCUACAUCCUCAGGGUCUGAACAAAUUUCACAUGACUCAUUCACCCUUCCCAAUGUUAAUUAUUGCACCACAGAAAUUCAAAGUAAAUUUAUCAUCAAAGUCACCACAUACUACCUCGAGGUUUCUUGUCUUGCAGGCAUUCAGAGCCAAAUAAAAAAAAUACAAAAGUCAGUGAAAAACUACACACAAAGACUGAUAAACAACCAAUAUACAAAAGAGGGUGAACAGUGCCAAUUAAAAACAAACAAGUACAUAAAUACUGAGAACAUGAGUUGUAGAGUCCUUGAAAGUAAGUCCAUUGGUUGAGUUCAGUCAUCAGUCAAGUGUUGAGGUGAGUAAAGCUUUCCAUGCUGCUUCAGGAGUUGGAAGUGUAAUAACUUCCUGAACUUGGUGGUGUGGGACCUAACAGUCCUGUUUCUCCUAUUUGGAUGCAUUAUGGCUCGUAUGACAACUGCUUUAUGUGACUGCAAGAAACUGCAGAGAGCUCUAGACACAGUUCUGCAGUACAGUAACAGCCAACCCUCAAUGGAGUCUGUCUUUCCCCAGCUGUCUGCCUCAUUAAAGCAGCCAGCAUAAUCAUAAACCUCAUCCACACUGGACAUCCUCUCUUCUCUGUUCUAUCAGGCAGAAGAUACCAAAGCCAGAAAGCACGUACCACUAGGCUCAAGGACGGUUCUCUGACUAUUCAAUAGUUCUCUAGUACAAGAUGAACUCUUAACCUCACAAUCCACCCCAUUGUGAUCUUACAACUUACUGUUUACCUGCACUUUCUCUGAAAUUGUUAUGCUUUAUUGUUAUUGUUGUACCUUGUUCUACACCAAUAUAAUGAAUUGGUUGUAUGAAUAGUAUGCAAGACAAGUUUUUCCGUUGUAUCUCAGUACAUCUGACAAUAAUAAACUAAUUACAGUUCCAAAGGUUGGCAGGCUGGGAAAUGUUUUCGCCAAAGUCUCAAGAAUCAGUGAUCUGAUUCUG